CACUGAGCCUCUCGCGAUUGAAGGCGGUCGAGUGUGCAUCACUGCACUGCUCAGCAAUAGAUAACCCCGACUCUUGUAUUUCAGUAUACAUUGUGCUUGGGUGCCCGUGGCCGAAGAACUAUCUCAGCGAAGCACAUGGCGUGUUUGAGGUCACGUCCUGUGUCAGUAAGACACCAGGUGCUGCAUUCGGGUGGAUGAAUCGGAGCCAUAGAACGUCAAUUGUUCAGACUUGUAAUGGAAGGGCUUUUGGUAUUCGAGGCCGCGUUCCCCGAACUUCAGGCAGCGUUGCUUGCCACUUCAAGAUUUCAAGUAUGGCCUUACGGGACACGAAUCUUUGUCUUCAUUUAGGUGUCGGGACAUUGAUUCAUCUCCCGCCAGUCCAUAUGUGCCCGUAGUCACCAGGUAAUGUGUAAUUUUUUUACUCCUUUUACAUCUCGAAGAGACACUAUUCUACGUACUCAAGGCGAGCCCGGCCGGUGAUGUAAACACUCAGAACGGCCAUCAUAGCUUGUCAAUGAUGAUCUCUGAAUAUCACCAUCUUUCGGCUGAGGCCUGUGGCUCGCCUGGAACCUGCUUUGGCAAAAGUCCGCAACAAUUUACAGUUGUGGAUAGGCCCGCGAAAGAGGGGAACAGCAGCUGAUGAGAAAAUUGAUAGGGACAACAGAUCUCCUCGGAGAAUGCUGAUUACAUCAAUUGGAAUCUCAAAAUCUCUGAUGCAAAUAUCCUCCCGCGUAUUAGUCCCUUUUCCCAGUCUUCCUGGACCAGAGUCUAGCUCCGUGAGUGUGACAGCUAGAAUUUUACCAUCCAUCUCCAGCAACUAUCCCCUUUUGUACAGCCGAUUGAAGUGAAGACAAGAAGCGUAUGAGAUUCGUCAGUAAGUAUAACACCAACACCAAGAUCUACGCUGAUCAGUCGACUGCUAGGUCAACGUCAUACUCUAUAAAUCAGCACUUUUUGUAUAUCCAUUCAAAAAUCCUGACCUUACUCUGCAGCACUAUGAGGAAAAUCUUAAUGUAUUUUCGAGGACACGUCCAAUGAAUCGAAAUACCUCCUACUCAUUCUGAGUGCUGCUUUACCCUCUGAAAACCCUGACACCUGAGUAAUGAAUCUUCCUGUUUAAAUUUUAUGCAAUACGAGAGUCCAUAUAUUUUGUUUCCCUCAAAGUUUAUGCUCUGUUCCAAGCAUACAAGCUGAGAAGCCUGUCACAAGAAACUUCCAACAUAUCCUAGGUUUUUCUGGUUUACUUUGUAUUAAUUGAAACAGAAGCAUGUUAACGUCUUCGCUACGAUGUAGUGAAGAGAAGUGUAAGCUCUGAGGAGAAACUACGGAUUGAUGGUAUAGACCGUGUAAGAAGUGCAGAUGAUGAGAAAAUUGAUAAACACAUCAAACUCCUCGGAGUAUGUUGACAAUAUCAAUGGGAAUCUCUCUGAUGCGUCAGAGUCUAGAAGAGCUCUAUGCCUACACUCGUCUAUAUUUCACAACACAUGUUGUAUCCAUGUGUUUGUACACGUUGAGUUCUUACCGAAUGGAAAGUCUUCCGAACGCCAUGACAGGUAGGAUAAGUACAGUCGAAACUGACGAAGCGUCAUCCUACAUAAAUAUACAGUAAUGGAAUUUUGAAAGUCAGUUGAGGAAACUACAUGCGGAAGGUAAAUAUCAUAGAGAAUUGACCGUAAUUAUGGAAAUUGAGAGUUAAGUGAGCGAGGAAUUUACAUCCCAGGCACUGGACAUCAAGUGAGAGGAAAGCAAAUUCAAGUCGUCAAACUGUGUGCACCCACGUUUUCAACCACGAGAUUAUAUCUAAGCAAGAUGGAAGUGACUGUAGGUAAGCAUACCAUUCAUGUUUUAUAUAAUCAUGGAAACUUUCAUGCAUACUCAGAAGUGCGCACAAUUUUCAAACUUUGAGGCAGUUGAUGAAUAGGCAAGAGUCUACCCUGAUACACGUUCUCCGAGUACUCUCUACGCAACCCGAGGGCUACUCAGGCUGCCUGUCAGCGGUAGUGAUAUGUACCGAUUAAUUUAUAGUAUAUAUACAUAGCUGUAUAUAGUAUAAUACAGAGUUCCAAAAGUCCAUCUAUGUUUUAUUGUAUUAAAUCUAAUUAAAUUUUCAAAAGGGCCAGACUAGAGCCACAUACGUUUUUGCUACAGUCACACCCACUACAUACAAACGCGUCGAAGCCUCGCUCGUCGCCACGCCUCCAGCUGCUAACCCUAGCUCGGCCGCGAGCCAGAGGAGAGGCGCGGGGCCCCUGUCUCCCGCAUUGCUGCUGCAGGUUGUACCGCUUUGCGGAGUGGCAAAACUGCGCUUGGUCAGUAACAAAAGCGGGAAUGGGAAUGGUAAUUAGGGGGCGGGUGUGGCCCUAGUCUGCUCUUUUUCAAAAAACUGAAUAAUUUUUUUCACCGUGCACUAAUGUUGUCGCCACGUGCAUCGCCGUGACGCCAUGAUCGUGGAUGUCUUCGAAAGUAGCUGCCGAGAGGAACCUGUCUAUAGCUCGUACUGCUUUCGACUAUGCUGUGCAAGUUGUGAAGGACCUUAGAGAUAGAUGUGCGUACAGGUGGAUCAACAAGAGUGGGAUCUGUGUUUCUGUAUCGUAGCACCAAGGUUAGACGGUUACUAUGUAGAUUAUGAUGUCCGGCAUUGCUUACCAAUUUUAUUAAAUCUACAUCUGGUCUUUGAUCAUCACAGCUGCUCUGCCUCACUCUUGGAUCUAUUUUAGGAUUUACUACUCAAAGUUCAGAAGAGAACAGCCGAUAACAUGAAACUUUCAACUUACCUUUACUUGAAUAACGGUUUCCCGGAAGAGUGCAGUUGCAGUUAUUGAAAUGUCUAUGGCUACUCCUAACCUUACUUCGAAGUAGCAGAAUCAGACGGCAUCUUUACGUACAUUCCACAAAAGGAAUAAUGUGGUAAUUGUCUUCGAGUGAUUGAGAGGGUGAAAACAUCCAAAACAAGGGCUUCAGGAACAUUUCACACAAGGAACACCCUGGGGGUACUGUUCGUGUAAUCCAGAGGGAUGACCCCAUCCAGAGCAGGAAUUUCAGGCACUACCCAUUCAAGGAACACCCUGAGUAUACUAUUCUUUUACUUUGAGAGAUGAACUCUCCCGCAUUAACUUUUAGUACACUGUACAUAAGGAACGCUAUAGGAUAUAAUGCUCAUAUGUUUCAGAUGAGAUGACCACAUCCGGAACGAGUACAUCAGG